UUCACAUAGAUGCAUAGUGGUUAUCUAGUCAACAUAACUAGGCCACUCUCUCACUCAUAUUAUUCACUACUGUUACUGUUUAUUCAGAAUCCUGCGUAGAAUCAAUCAUGUUACUCUAAUUUGAACAACACCAAAUAUAUAAUGUACGUAUGGACAACCAAGUUUGCUUUACCACAGAAUAUGGAGAGCCAAAGCCAACUCCAAGUUUCAAACUCGGAGCAACACCAAAAGGGCACCACCUUCUUCAAAACUUGUUUCAAUGGAAUCAACUCCCUCACAGGUAUUGGGAUACUCUCAAUGCCAUAUGCAGUUUCUCAAGGAGGGUGGUUGAGUUUUAUUCUGCUGCUUGUUUUCACAAUGAUAUUUUGGUACACAGCUUUGCUGCUACAAAGGUGUAUGAUUAAGCAUCCACUAAUCAAAUCAUACCCUGAUAUAGGCGAGGUUGCUUUUGGGUACAAAGGAAGAACAGUGAUAGCUGCAUUCAUAUAUGCAGAGCUGUUUCUAAUUGCUGUGGAGCUUCUGAUAUUGGAAGGUGACAAUUUGGCGAAGUUGUUUCCAAACAUGAACUUGAAACUUGGUGGUGUUAGAAUUGAAGGUAGAAAGAGUUUUGUGCUGCUGGCUGCUUUGAUCAUACUGCCAACAACGUGGUUGAGAAGCAUGGGAGCUUUGGCCUACGUUUCUUUUGGUGGGGUAGUGGUUUCUAUUAUUUUAAUCGGUUGUGUUGCGUGGGUGGGUGAAGUUGAUGGUGUGGGGUUUCAUGAAAGAGGACAGUUAGUGAAUUGGGAGGGACUGCCUACUGCUAUGAGCCUUUAUGCAUUCUGUUACUGUGCACAUGCAGUCAUGCCCACUCUUAUCAAUUCAAUGAAUGAUAGAAGUCAGUUUAGCAAGGUUUUGGUGGUUUGCUUUGUGACAACUACUAUGAUCUAUGGAGUCAUUGCUGUUUUAGGUUACACAAUGUUCGGAGAUUAUUUGAUGUCUCAAAUAACCUUAAAUCUGCCAUCAAAGAAAUUAAGUACUAAAAUAGCUAUUUAUACCACAUUAAUUAAUCCUUUCACUAAGUAUGCUGUUCUAAUCACCCCAAUAGCAAAUGCUAUCGAGGACAGAUGGCUUCUGUGCAAGAGAAAGUCCAUUGCCAUCCUCGUUAGAACAACCAUCGUGGUCAGCACUGUGGUUAUGGCUCUAUUCAUGCCGUUUUUUGGUUAUAUUAUGGAACUAAUUGGUGCAUUUUUUAGUGUAACAAUGUCAUUAUUAUUCCCUUGCCUUUGUUACCUACAGAUAAACAAAUCUGUUCGGCAACUUGGAUCGGAGUUGAUCAUUAUAAUUGUAAUUCUUCUCAUAGGUACUUUCAUUGGAAUAAUGGGUACCUAUCUCUCUGUAAAGAACAUAGUGAAUCAUCUAUAGUUAUGAAGGUGUGUGCUUAAUGUUUCUAUAAAUCUACUUCAGCAACUCUACCAAUAAUGUAGGGUUAAUAAAUAAAUUUAUAUAUUUACAUCCAUUU